AGGUACAGUUUUCUGAAACCACAAAGGAAAUCUGCCUAAUGGUUUUAUUCUCUUCCCCAGCUUUACCUUCUCAGAUCCUGUGCAUUCCUACAAGGGAGAGAGAAUGACUAAGUCCCAGGAAACAGUGACAUUCAAAGAUGUGGCUGUUAACUUCACCCAGGAAGAGUGGCAGCAGCUGGAUCCUGCCCAAAGGAACUUGUACCGAAGUGUGAUGCUAGAAAACUAUAACAACUUAAUCACAGUGGGCUGCCCAUUCAGCAAACCUGAUGUAAUUUUCAAAUUAGAACAAGAAGAACCACCUUGGGUCGUGGAGGAAGAGGCAUUAAGGUUCAAAGGUGAAAUAUGGGAAAUUGAUGAACAUGAAGAAAUUCAGGACAGACUUUUGACACAACAUGAGGAUAAAGUCCUUUUAAAGACAUUGACUGAAGAAAAAGUCAUUGAAUGUCAGACAUUUACAGAUGUAUUUCCACCCAAAUCAGAAAUGUUCCCUUCCAUUCACAACCUCUAUGAAUAUGACUUAUUUGGAGAGUGUUUAGAACAUAAUUUUGACUACCACAAUGGUGAAGCAAUCCUAUUAAGAAAAGAACAUUGUGAAUACAGAAUACCGAUGGAGACGUUUGGCAAUAACUCAUCUCACUUUGUAAUAGCCCCCUUUAGAUGUAAUCACUGUGGGCAAGGAUUCAGUCAAACUUUAGACCUCAUCAGACACUUAAGAGUACAUACUGGAGAGAAACUCUAUGAAUGUGAAAAAUGUAGUAAAGCCUUUACCCAUGAGGAAAAACUCAAUAUACAUCAUAAAAUUCACAGUAGGGAGCAGUCUUAUGAGUGCAAUGAAUGUGGUAAAUCUUUCAUUAAAAUGUCAAAUCUCAGUAGGCAUCAAAGGAUCCAUACUGGAGAGAAACCCUAUGCAUGUAAGGAAUGUGGGAAAUCCUUCAGCCAGAAAUCCAACCUCAUUGAUCAUGAAAAAAUCCAUACUGGAGAGAAACCUUAUGAAUGCAAUGAGUGUGAAAAGGCAUUCAGUCAAAAGCAAAGCCUUAUUGCACAUCAGAAAGUUCAUACUGGGGAAAAACCUUAUGCGUGUAAUGAAUGUGGCAAAGCCUUCCCUCGAAUCGCAUCUCUUGCUCUUCACAUGAGAAGUCACACAGGAGAAAAACCUUACAAAUGUGAUAAAUGUGGAAAAGCCUUCUCCCAGUUUUCCAUGCUUAUUAUACAUGUGAGAAUCCACACAGGUGAGAAACCCUAUGAAUGUAAUGAAUGUGGAAAAUCCUUCUCUCAAAGCUCGGCCCUCACUGUACACAUGAGAAGUCACACCGGAGAGAAACCUUAUGAAUGUAAGGAGUGUAGAAAAGCCUUCAGUCAUAAGAAAAACUUCAUUACGCACCAGAAGAUUCAUACCAGAGAAAAACCUUAUGAGUGCAAUGAAUGUGGAAAAGCUUUCAUUCAGAUGUCGAAUCUUGUGAGACACCAGAGAAUACAUACGGGAGAAAAACCGUAUAUAUGUAAGGAAUGUGGCAAAGCCUUUAGCCAGAAAUCAAAUCUCAUCGCUCAUGAAAAAAUUCAUUCCGGAGAGAAACCCUAUGAAUGUAACGAAUGUGGCAAAGCCUUCAGCCAAAAGCAAAAUUUUAUUACACAUCAAAAAGUUCACACUGGAGAAAAACCUUAUGAUUGUAACAAGUGUGGUAAAGCCUUCUCUCAGAUCGCUUCCCUUACUCUUCACCUGAGAAGUCAUACAGGGGAAAAGCCUUAUGAAUGUGACAAAUGCGGAAAAGCCUUCUCUCAGUGCUCGUUGCUUAAUUUACACAUGAGAAGCCAUACAGGUGAGAAGCCCUAUGUGUGUAAUGAAUGUGGGAAGGCCUUCUCUCAAAGAACUUCCCUGAUUGUGCACAUGAGAGGUCAUACAGGUGAGAAACCUUAUGAAUGUAACAAGUGUGGUAAAGCCUUCUCCCAGAGUUCAUCCCUGACUAUCCAUAUACGAGGUCAUACAGGUGAGAAACCCUUUGACUGUAGUAAAUGUGGAAAAGCUUUCUCCCAGAUCUCAUCUCUUACACUUCACAUGAGAAAACAUACAGGUGAGAAGCCUUACCAUUGUAAUGAGUGUGGUAAAGCAUUCAGCCAAAAAUCGCACCUUGUUAGACAUCAGAGGAUUCACACUCAUUAGAAAUCCUGUGGACAUUAUGCAUAUGGAAAAUAUCUUAAAGGAAUGAUCUCGUUGCUUAUUUAAUA